CAGACUCCAUUGAAGGCUCUUUCACCAUUCGGACAAGCACACUUUCUUUGGCUAAAUCUCUCUCUCUCUCUCUCUACGAUCUGCAGCAAAUAUGAAAUCGAAUUCAGUCAUGUCUGAAUCUAAAUUCCUCGGGAGCAUUUCGACUUCAUCUUUCCGAAAUUUUCUUACGAAAUCAGCCUCAGGAAAGCACAAGUGGAGUUCGAAAAAGACGAACCAGAUGCCUGAUAUUGAAAACGAUCCACCUGUGGAUUCAAACAUUCAGAUCGAUAUGAAUCCAACCUUACCGUCGCUCCAUAAACGUACAGAUUCAAAACAGGUCAUCGUAUCGGAAGUAUUCGCCGGAGGACUUGAUACUAUGAACGAAGAAAUGCCGGAAGCACAGCCAGAUCCACCGGUUAAGGUUGUGGUUAGGAUUAGACCGGAAAAUACUCACGAAAGAGGAGAUCAAACAGUCAGGAGGGCCUCUGAUGAUGUAGUAGCUAUUGGCGACAGGAAUUUUACAUUUGAUGCAGUCCUAGAUUCGAAUUCAAAACAGGAGGAUGUUUUUAACUUAGUUGGUGCUCCUUUGGUUAAGGAUGCUUUAGCUGGGUAUAACACAUCUGUUUUGGCAUAUGGACAGACUGGAUGUGGAAAGACUUACACCAUGUGGGGUCCACCCAGUGCUAUGGUGGACACUUGCUCGACCAACAGUCACCAAGGCAUUGUUCCUAGGAUCUUCCAGAUGCUAUUCUCUGAGAUUCAGAUGGAUCAAGACAACUCGACUGGAAAACAGAUAAAUUAUCAGCUGCGAUGCUCAUUCCUUGAGAUAUACAAUGAUCAGAUUGGGGAUUUACUUGAUCCAACUAAGCGCAACCUUGAGAUAAAAGAUGAUUCGAAACACGGGUUCUAUGUUGAGAACUUGACUGAGGAAUAUGUUACCAGUUAUGAUGACAUAACUCAAAUUUUGAUCAAGGGGUUAUCAAGCAGGAAGGUAGGAGCAACAAGUGUAAAUUCCAAGAGCUCCCGUUCACAUAUAGUGUUCACUUGCAUCAUUGAUUCUUGGUGCAAGGGAAUAUCUGGGAACUGUUUUGGAAGUUCAAAAACAAGCAGGAUUAGCCUUGUUGAUCUAGCUGGAAUUGAGAGGAAUAAACUUGAUGAAUGUAAAGAUUCAGCUAAGGAAGAAAAAAAUGUGAAGAAAUCUCUGUCACAGUUAGGAUCUCUGGUCAAUUUACUUGCUGAAGGAACUAAAACAGGCAAACCAGAAGAUGCUUCAUUCAGAAGCUCCAGUUUAACACACUUGUUAAAAGAAUCACUUGGUGGCAAUGUGAAGCUCUCAGUUAUAUGUGCAAUCUCUCAGGAUGCCAAGAGUAGCGGUGAAACAUUAAGUACACUGAGAUUUGGACAAAGAGCAAAAUGCAUAUUGAAUCAUCCAGUAGUGAAUGAAAUUUCAGAGGAUGAUGUUAAUGAUCUCAGUGACAAAAUUCGUCAAUUGAAGGAAGAACUUCUAAGAGCAAAAUCAGAUCCACGCGAUUCAAUUGCGAGCAACUUUGGAUCGAACAAGGGCCGCGCUCGUGAAAGCCUAAACCAACUGAGGUUAAGCAUAAAUCGAUCCUUGCUCCUACCUUGCUUAGAUGAUAUUGACACUGAGGAGGUGAAAGUCAAUGAAGAUGAUCUAAGAGAUAUACAUAUGCAUUUGGAUAAUUUACACAGUUCUGGUGAAAGAAAUGCCAAAGACAUUGAAUUCUCUUCUUUAGACGAAAAUUCUGAUACAGAAGAGUUGACAAGCGAACAUUAUGGCAGUUGUCAAGAAGAUAGUGAAACUGAUAGCAUUUGUGACAACAGUCAUACCUCUAGGAAUGUUAAUAGCAUUUCAGUUGAAUCAUUUCGUCACUCUCCAGUUCUCGAGGAACCAACUCUAACCGAAUCUCCAAAAAUUGCAAACAGUCAUAGGAAAAGUGUAACCUUUGCAUCUAGUCUUCUAGCAGAUAGUGCAAUGGUGGAUACAGAUGUACUACUACGAUCACCUCGUGCUCAAACUGGUCAAUUACAUUCUUCAUUGAGGUCAAGCAAGAUAUUCCCAGGCACCACAGAAUCACUGGCUGCUAGCCUUCAGAGAGGCUUACAGAUCAUAGACUAUCAUCAUCAACAACAAAACUCAGCAUCUAGAUCUUCAAUUGCUUCCUUCUCUUUUGAGCAUUUGGCACUUAAAUCGUCAUGCUCAAGCAUUGACAAGACCAAUGCUUCUGUUCAAACUUUAGAAAAUGAAGAUAAGGGAGGAUGCUUGCCUACUUUUAUAUGCUCAUCCUGCCAAAAGGUUGGAUCCAACGAAGUUGAGGAUAGCUUGAAGUUAUGGAAUAUAAAAGAAGAAGAUGAAGCUGUGGAUUCAAGAGAUGAAAAGAAUCAUUUUGAAAAACUCUGUAUGGAACAAGCUGCAAAAAUCGAGCAGUUAAACCUUCUGGUUGAGCAAUACAAGCAGAACUCUACUACUGGUGAAAACAUGCUUCUGAAUUGGAAGGAAGGUGAAAAUGAUGAAGAAGAGAUAACCAAAGAAGCAGCAUUUGAUGUGAAUGAGAAAGAACAACUCCUUAGCGAAAUCCAAACAUUAAGGAGCAAACUACAAUCACAAACUAAUACUAAACACUCUUCUGAGACGAUUCGUUCUUCAUUAUUAUCACAGUCAUUCCAUAUGCGAAGAAGCAGCGGCACAUACCCACAAAUUAACAGCACAGAGGAGCUAGAGAAAGAACGAGAAAGAUGGAUGGAGAUGGAAAGCGAAUGGAUCUCCCUAACAGACGAGCUGCGAAUUGAUCUGGACACAAUCCGUCAACGUGCAGAAAAGGCUGAAAUGGAAUUGAAACUAGAGAAGAAGUGUAGCGAAGAAUUAGAGGAUGCACUUCAUAGAUCUGUAGUUUGUCAAUCGAGAAUGGUGGAACAUUACGCAGAUUUGCAGGAGAAACAUAACGAGUUGGUUGAAAAACAUCGGUUGAUAAUGCAAGGGAUUGCUGAAGUGAAGAAGGCUGCAGCUAAAGCCGGAGCAAAGGGUCAUCAUGGGUCGCGUUUCUCAAAAUGCUUAGCUGCAGAGCUUUCUGCUUUGAGAGUUGAAAGGGAGAAGGAAAGGGAAAUGUUGAGAAAGGAGAAUAAAAGCUUGAAGAUUCAACUUAGAGAUACUGCUGAUGCAGUUCAAGCUGCUGGAGAACUUCUCGUCAGGCUUAGAGAAGCAGAGACAACUGCUUCUAUGGCUGAGGAAAAUGUGACAAACAUGCAAGAAGAGAAUGAGAAACUGAAGAAUCAAUUGGAGAAACAGAAGAAGAAGCAUAAAAUGGAGAUUGCAACCAUGAAGGAAUACAUGAAUGAUAGCCGAUUACCAGCUUCGGCUUUAAAACCAUUCUACAGAGAGAAUUGUUCUUAUACAGAAGAACCAAUUAGCAACACAUCUGUUCAGUAUGAUGAUGAUCAGGCAUGGAGGGCAGAAUUUGGUGCCAUUUAUCAAGAACACUAUUGAAAUUUGAAUGAAUAAUCUUCUUCUUAAUUGUAUUGAUUGAUUGUAUUAGAAGAACAUGAGGGAGGGAGGAGACCCUUCUUGGGUCUUUUCUUUUUCCCUUUCUGUGUUUCCUAUUCUUUUGUUAUUUAUUAUCUAUCCAUGGAUUUGAUUAUUGUUUGUUA